AAAUGACACUUUAUCUAUUACUAAUGUCACUAGAUAUGACAUUAUUGUAAAUAGCAAAAAGGUUGUAUGGAUUUCUAACAUAACUUUGUCCAAUUCGUGCUAAAAUGGCCGAGAAAUAUGGAAUAUCUGAAGCCGAAUUCGAACUAAUCAAAAAACAGGCCGCACGGCGUGCUGAACUACGCCGUGAAUUCAUUAAACAAAGAACAAACCCUUUUAAACAUGCUGCGGAAUCUGGUUAUGUUUUCGAUGAAGGACAUCAAAGAUUUAUUUCUAUGAAAGCUACGAAAUUUGAACAUUUUCAACCGAACCGAAAAAAUGCUCUUUUUGGAAUAGCAACUAUAGUGAUUCCAAUGUUUUUGUAUGGAUAUGUGAUGAAUAAAGAGCGCACGGACCGUGAGGCGAAGGUCCGAUCUGGAGAACUUCGUUAUAGAGACAGGCUGUUUAAGCUUCAGUGAUUUGCUAAUCUACUAAAUAUGCUUAGAUGUCGAAAAGUUAAAUAUAAAUAAAAUCAGUUGUAUAUCGUA